AGCGGGGCGGUCCUCUCUCCGCUCUCCUCCCGCCAUGUCGCGGCCCGGUGGCUCGGCGGGCUCGGGCUCCGCCGUCGCCUGCUCGAGCGGCCGGGGCGAGGGACCAAAGGAAAUCCGCGUGGACGAAGAGGUGGACAUCGCGGUGCACCUCGCCCUGGAUCGGUUCCUCUGCGGAGAGGAGGAAGAGAUAGAAUUUCCUUCUUCUUUGACAAAUACAGAAAGAGCGUUUGUUCACCAGCUCUGUCGGUCUCUUGGGCUGAUAUCGAAAAGCAAAGGAAAAGGAGCAAAUCGAUACCUGACUGUAAGGAAGAAGGAUGGAUCACAAGUGGUACGCGCAGCAAUGACAUGUUGCUUGGCUUCUAGUACGAAACAUACAAUUCGGAGUUUAAUUCUGAGAUUUCCUGUCACAAGUAAAGAACGAUCAGAACUUCGUCCAAAGACAGAACAAGGAAAUGCAUGCGCUGUUGAAUCUGAAAACAGAGGAGUGAACAAGACAGGUGGACGACUCAGCAGUGGUAUCCCCCAGGUUCCAGUGAAAAGAGGGGAAUCGGAGUUUGAUUCUUUCAGGCAAUUGCUACCAGUUUUUGAAAAACAGGAUGAAAUCAUUAAACUAAUAAAGGAUAAUAAAGUUGUUUUGAUUGUAGGAGAAACUGGAUCCGGAAAAACUACACAAAUCCCUCAGUUCCUUCUUGACGACUGUUGCAAAAAUGGGACUCCCUGUCGUAUAUUUUGCACUCAGCCAAGACGUUUGGCAUCCAUUGCUGUGGCUGAAAGAGUGGCAGCAGAAAGAGGAGAAAAGAUUGGCCAGACAGUUGGUUAUCAGAUCCGAUUAGAAAGCAGGGUUUCUCCAAAGACACUGUUAACAUUUUGCACUAAUGGCAUCCUACUUCGCACGCUAAUGGCAGGAGACAGCGCUCUUUCAACAGUGACGCAUGUUAUUGUGGAUGAAGUACAUGAGAGGGACAGGUUCAGUGACUUCCUGUUAAUAAAACUGAGAGAUGUGUUGCAGAAACAGGCUAAUUUAAAACUAAUUAUGUCUAGUGCUGCUCUGGAUGCAGAUCUUUUUGUUAGAUAUUUUGGAAGUUGCCCAAUAAUGCACAUACAAGGAAGACCUUUUGAAGUUAAAGAGAUGUUUUUGGAGGAUAUUUUACGAAGCACUGGGUAUACAAAUAAAGAGAUGCUGAAGUACCAAAAAGAGAAGCAGCAAGAAGAGCAACAGCGAAGCACUCUUACUAUGUGGUGUUCUACUCAAGAAAAUAAGAGCAAACUGGGAUCGCAGAGGCAAAGAUCUGUCCCGAGUGUAUCCGAUGAAGAGGAUAAUCUCUUGAAUGAUGGUGGUGACACUGUAUUUAAUCGGCUGACUGAAAAAGAUGUGAGUUGCCUUGAACCAUGGUUAAUAAAAGAAAUGGAUUCUUGUCUUUCUGACAUCUGGUUGCAUAAAGAUCUUGAUUCCUUUGCUCAGGUGUUCCAUCUCAUCUUGACUGAAAAUGUCAGUGUUGAUUAUAGGCACAGUGAAACCAGCGCAACUGCACUAAUGAUUGCUUCAGGGAGAGGCUUUUUGAGUCAAGUAGAACAACUAAUCAGUAUGGGAGCAAAUAUCCACUGCAAAUCAUCCAAUGGCUGGAUGGCUUUGGACUGGGCAAAGCGCUUUGGACAGACGGAGGUUGUUGACUUGUUGGAGUCCUACAGUGCUUCAGUGGAAUCUGGAAAUAUGGAUGAAAGUUCCCUGGUCCAAGCAAGUGGUAGUGACCUUAGUGCAGAGGACAGAGAACUAUUGAAAGCUUAUCAUCGUAGUUUUGAUGUUGAAAAAGUGGAUCUGGACCUGAUUAUGCACUUACUUUAUAACAUCUGUCACGGUUGUGGUGCUGGAGCGAUUUUAAUAUUUCUUCCUGGAUAUGAUGAGAUAGUUAGCCUGAGAGACCGUAUUCUUUUUGAUGACAAGAGAUUUGCUCCUAAUGCUCACAGAUACCAAGUUUUCAUGCUUCAUUCAAAUAUGCAGACCUUGGAUCAGAAGAGGGUGCUUCAGAGUCCACCUUCUGGCAUCCGCAAAAUAAUUCUUUCUACUAAUAUUGCAGAAACCAGCAUAACGGUCAAUGAUGUUGUAUUUGUUAUUGACUCGGGCAAGAUGAAAGAGAAGUCUUUUGAUGCACAUUGUUGUGUUACAAUGCUAAAAACAGUGUGGAUUUCAAAAGCCAGUGCUGUCCAGAGAAAAGGCAGGGCUGGGCGCUGUCAGCCUGGAAUCUGUUUUCGUCUCUUCAGCAGACUUCGAUUUCAGAAUAUGUUGGAAUUUCAGACUCCAGAACUUCUAAGAAUGCCACUGCAGGAGCUUUGUUUGCACACAAAACUUCUGGCUCCAACUAAUUGUCCAGUUGUUGACUUUCUUAUGAAAGCUCCUGAUCCACCACCAGCUUUAAUUGUGAGAAAUGCGGUGCAAAUGCUUAAGACAAUAGAUGCCAUGGACCCUUGGGAAGAUCUCACUGAGCUUGGUUAUCAUCUCACUGAAUUACCAGUAGAGCCACACCUUGGUAAAAUGGUGUUGUGUGCUGUUGUUUUGAAGUGCCUGGAUCCCAUUCUUACCAUUGCUUGCACUCUUGCGUAUCGAGACCCUUUUGUCCUACCUGCGCUGGCCUCUCAAAAGCGUACAUCCAUGCUGUGUAGAAAACGUUUUGCUGCAGGAACAUUUAGUGACCAUAUGGCGCUUCUCAGGGCUUUCCAGGCGUGGCAGAAGGCACGCAGCGAUGGCUGGGAGAGAGCCUUUUGUGAAAAGAACUUCCUAUGUCAAGCCACAAUGGAAAUAAUCAUAGGAAUGAGAACACAAUUGCUUGGCCAGCUUAGAGCCUCAGGUUUUGUUAGAGCAAGAGGAGGAGCUGAUAUCAAAGAUGUUAAUACUAACUCUGAAAAUUGGUCUGUAGUUAAAGCUGCCUUAGUCGCAGGGAUGUAUCCCAAUCUAGUGCAUGUGGACAGAGAAAGCAUGAUUUUGACGGGACCAAGUGAGAAGAAAGUGCGAUUCCAUCCUACCUCUGUUCUUAGUCAACCUCAGUAUAAAAAGAUCCCCCCAGCAAAUGGGCAAGCUGCAGCCAUUCAGGCACUCCCUACAGACUGGCUUGUAUAUGAUGAAAUGACAAGAGCUCACAGGAUAGCAAAUAUCCGAUGCUGUUCUGUGGUAACACCUAUCACUGUAGCACUCUUCUGUGGACCAGCUAGAUUACCAAGUGAUGCUUUGCAGGAGCCGCCAUUCAUUCGAGGGAGUGCAUUCUGUAAUGAUAACAGCGAUAGUGAGAAUGAGGACAAAACAGCUGCUAAUUUGGCAGUACUGAAGCUAGAUGAAUGGCUCCACCUCAAACUGGACCCUGAAGUUUCUGCUUCGCUGUUGCAACUCAGACAGAAGUGGCAUAGCUUAUUUCUGCGUCGUGUGCGAGCUCCUGCUAAACCAUGGUCUCAAGUUGAUGAAACAACUGUAAGAGCAAUUGUAGCUGUUUUAAGUACUGAAGAACAGGCGGCAGGUUUGCAGCAGCCUUCAGGAAUUGGUCAGAGACCGAGACUUAUGUCCCCUGAAGACUUAUGUCUUUUACCAUCUGUAUCGAGGCCAGCCAACAGUAGAAAAAGCUCAACAGAUACUGAAUUCUCUGAUUCCUCUAAUGCUGAAAAAAUUUUCAUGAAAUCUACACCUCACGCACUUCACCAGCCAAAGAAGUACGAAGAAAAAAACAUCUUGCACUCCAAACGAAUGUCAGUUGACAGGUCAGAUCAGUCAUCAGUGAAGUCUACCAACAGCAGUAGCUAUCCUAGCCCCUGUGCCAGUCCUUGUUCUCCAGUAUCUGGAAAGGGUUCCAAAUCUCCUUCACCAAGAUCAAACCCGCCAGUUCGGUACUUUAUAAUGAAAAGUAGCAAUUUGCAAAACAUUGAUAUUUCUCAGCAGAAAGGUAUAUGGUCUACUACUCCAAGUAGUGAACGAAAACUAAACAGAGCCUUUUGGGAGAGCAGUGUGAUUUACUUAAUAUUUUCUGCUCAAGGGUCUGGACACUUCCAGGGUUUUGCUACAAUGGCUUCAGAGAUAGGGUGUGAGAAAAGCCAAGACUGGGGUUCUGCUGGUUUUGGAGGUCUAUUUAAGGUGGAAUGGAUCCGAAAAGAAAGCAUUCCUUUUCAGUUUGCACACCAUUUGCGCAACCCUUGGAAUGACAAUAAAAAAGUACAAAUGAGCAGAGAUGGCCAGGAGCUAGAACCACAAGUUGGAGAGCAGUUGCUACAGCUUUGGGACUGUAUUCCUUUGGCAGCAAAAAAAUCAACUGAUGGAGCAUGUUGAGUAAUGAGCUGUGAUUGUUGAAGCAUCAGCUAUAACCACUUGAACCAGCAGCGUGCCUAUGAUAUAAAUAUGAAGAAGGUGGUGAUGCAACAAACUCCUGAAGAUGUUAGCGAUGUUGUGCAGCAAAGACCUGCUGCCAAAUGGUACUCUUAAUAGUUUGUUAACUUGGGCAUUGUUACAAGAUUUUUAUUUCUUUCAAAAGAAAAUAAAAAUUGCCAGUGCAA